UUCUUUUCACUGGAACUGUCACGCCGUCAGUGGCCCCAGAGCCACAUAAGUGGAGAUAGCCCUCGCGGCCGCAUUCUUGAACCUUCACAGAUGCCCCGCACAAGAGGAGGGAAGCGUGUAUUCGCAAGGACCUAGGCGUACACUUCCACUGUUAUUCUGGACGAUUUCAAGAGAGCUGUUUUUUUUUUCUCGAAUUGCCAUGGAAGUGAAAGAGCUCCGGUUCAUCGACGGCCUGUGCAUUCGCUCAUUUUUCCCUGAAUCACUUAUUCGAUCAACUCUGGCCUACAGUCCUCACCCUGAUGACAUCUUCGUCGUUUCGUACCCAAAGUGUGGCACGACUUGGACGCAGUACCUAGUACUCAGCGUACUCACGGACGGAGAACCACCUACAAGCCUCGAAGACUUCAUGCUGGCCUCACCAUACAUGGAAAUGAUGGGUGCCGAAGCAGCAGAAAAAAUGCCGAGACCAGGACUGCUCAAAACGCAUCUGCCCUUUGACAAGCAACCAUACUCUAAACAAGCCAAGUACAUCUACGUCGCGCGGAACCCCUACGACGUCUGUGUGUCAUACUACUACUUCCUCAAAAGCAUGACACCGAAAAGGGUUAAGGACGUCUCAUUUUCGAAGUUUCAUCAACUCUUUGUCUCAGGCAGUGUGUCCUACGGCGACUACUUCGACCAUUUGCUUUCGUGGUACAAACACCGCCACGACAACAACGUGCUGUUCUUGACCUAUGAACAGCUGAAGAAGGAACCUGGGUUUUGGACACUGAAGAUUGCCAAUUUCCUGGGCGGAGAUUACGCGGACCGCAUGCGGGAGGACCCUGUUUUGCUUCAAAAAGUUCUUGACGCAACAAUGCUAGAGAAAAUGAUGCAAGUAUUUAAUGGCAAGAUAUUCACUGUCAUUAAGCGGCUGCUGGACCUGCCCCCUGACAGGGCUAUCAAAUCAAUGGAAGUCUACAGGAGUAAGUUGGCGCAUCCUGAAGAAAUGCACGAAGAUUAUGGCUUCAUACGCAAGGGAGUUGUAGGCGACUGGAGAGCUCACUUCAGUAAGGACCAGAUCAAGAAAACAAAGUCGUGGAUUGCGAGGAAGACCGAAGGUUCUGAUGUAAUGCGGUUGUGGAAAGAUCUCCACCUACCAUGACAAGUGCUCAUAACAGCAGCUUUGCGAGCUGUUACAGUAGUGGACACGAAAGCCUGCACCGUGCUGUAUGAUUUCUGUGUGGUGAAAUCACUUCUUACAUCACAAAUUUAUGCACUGAAACAUGGCCCUUACGUUCACUUCUACAAGGAAACAGACUUCACUAUGAAAAUGACGUGUAGCAUCCACAAAAGGUUCAAGGCAGCCUCUCAGCAACAUACGUUGUCGUUAAUGCGCAACAAAACCUCUAAGGACUUUGCUAGACAUACAAACACGCAAGCAAACAACUGUGUAAAACAUGCUAAAAGUGACUGAAAAACGCCAUCCUAUACUUUAAAUAAGGAGUGAGCGAAAAGUCUAAACGUGUGUCAAUGAGUGGAGUAGCUGCUUAUAACGUAGACUAUGUGCUCUAGUGGAUACAGGUUAGGUGAAAUGGUGCGACUUUCAGAGACACUAAUAGCAAUAGAGUAUUUUUUUUCCUAACUAUGGAACAUAGGGGUCACUGGAGUUGCGUAGUUUUCCUGAAAUGCAGCUCGUUAGUACAAAUGGCACACUUAUGACUGUGUCACUUUGCCGCUUUUAGUUCAAGGGUACUGGUGCAAUUGUAACUUUGUGGCACCUGCUGUAUGAAUAGUCGUCCUUGUUUACUGUAAAACAGCAGCAAUAUAUACAUUCUUCAAGCCAUUGUGAGUGUAGGCUGUCACAUUUUUUAACUACUAGACACAUCUAGGCAAAGGUACUUGGUAGUGCUAAGCUCAGGCUUUUAAGUCUAGCAAUACAUUGUAUAUACGUCAAAAGCCUAAAAGGUACUCCCAUACGUUUCAUUCCUUGUUCUUUUCCCAGCGCGGUAAAACUGCACAAAAUGUCAAAAAUAAUGCAUAGGGCACUUAUUCUGAUGAAAAAAAAAUAGACACAAAGGUCCAAACCAGUUGGAAUGAAAUAUGAAUAACAGACAUAAGCCCACAUAAUAAAGAUUUGACCAUUUUAUUGAACCCGAACCACAUUCCACUAAUAUUGUCAGAUAAUAAAAACUUAGCCUCCGCA